AUGCAUAUAGCAGGCGAAGAUGAUCUAGUGGCCUCAGCGGUCGUAUAUCCAAGUACAACAGAAGAGGUUCAGUUGAUCGUUCACUGGGCAAACAAGCAUCGUAUCCCCAUCUCCCCGAUCUCAAUCGGUCGGAACUAUGGCUACGGAGGUGCUGCCCCACGGGUGAAUGGCGCUGUCGUAGUCGAUCUGGGAAGCAGAAUGAACCGCAUUCUCGACAUCAACUCUGAAGAUUGCACUUGCCUAGUCGAGCCAGGAGUUACGUAUUUUGCACUCUACGAGGAAAUCCAAGCUCGAGGCUUGAAGAACCUCUGGGUUGACGUCCCUGAUAUUGGAGGCGGCUCGGUGCUUGGGAAUGCUCUGGAUCGUGGUGUGGGGUAUACCCCCUACGGAGAUCACUGGAUGAUGCAUUCCGGAAUGGAAGUUGUUCUACCAACUGGAGAGGUCAUCAGGACUGGAAUGGGAGCUUUACCGGGCAACAAUAGCUGGCAAUUAUUUCCUUACGGGUUUGGUCCUACUGCAGAUGGACUAUUCUCUCAGUCCAACAUGGGGAUUGUGACUAAAAUGGGGUUCGGUUUGAUGCCAAAUCCAGGAGGCUACGAGAGCUAUCUCUAUACGUUCCCUAAAGAGGAAGAUCUCGCUCAGCUUAUCGAGAUUAUUCGUCCGCUGCGAAUUGCCAUGAUUCUUGAGAAUGUUGCCCAGCUACGUCACAUCAGCAUGCAAGUAGGGUUAGAGGGAAAGCCUCGAAGUGCUUAUUACUCUGGGAAAGGGCGAGUCCCCGACCACAUCAUCCAUGAGGCAGCCAAAAAGAUCCCUACUGGGGAUUGCUCGUGGCUGUACUACGGCAUGUCUUAUGGUCCUCCAGAUAUCCGCAAGUAUAAGCUAGACAUCAUUGAGAAAGAAUUUAUGAAGAUACCAGGUGCGCGACGCAUUGAUCCUGCCAGUCUUCCUGCAGAUGAUUAUUUCUGGGUCCGGGAUCGGAUUGCAUCUGGGGUACCAGAUAUCGAAGAACUGCGCUGGGUGAAUUGGCACCCAAACGGCGCACACAUCGCCUUUAGCCCCGUAUCGCCAGUUCGUGGACCGGAUGCAAAGGCUUUGUGGGAUAUUGCACGGAAGUGCUGCGAGAAUUUUGACCUAGACUUAUUCCCCACAUUCUGCGUCGGUCUUCGUGAAAUGCAUCUCAUUGUCGAGAUUGUGUUCAACCGUGACGACACUGAUAUGCGCCAUAGAGCGCGGGCAUGUUUACGAGAUAUGAUCGAUGAUGCGGCGAAGAAAGGAUAUGGUGAAUAUCGCACACAUCUGACAUUUAUGGAUCAAAUUGCCGGUACUUACAAUUGGAACGAUGGCGCUUUGAUGAAAUUUAAUGAAAGAAUCAAGGACUGCCUAGAUCCUAAUGGCAUCAUGGCCCCUGGAAAAUCGGGGAUCUGGCCGGCGCGAUAUCGAGGACGUGGUUGGGAGAUGACUGCUGGGAACGAAUGUCCUGAAGGCCAAGGUGUGGCCUCAACUCCUGGAGCCGUGAAGCUAUAG